CUCGCUCUCGUACCCACCCAGUCUCGCUCUCGUACCCACCCAGUCUCCACAGAAAGAGAGAGAGAGAGAAAGGAAACAGUACAUCCCCUCUGAUCUACGAAGGAAACCUCAAUUCCCUCUUCUUCUAAUUUUAGCUAUAUUUUCACAAAUUCACAAAAUUGUCAAAUAUUCAUCCAAUUUUUUUUUGUAUGAAGUUAGUUUGAUUUUAUAGAAAAUUCAAACAGAGAAAACCAAAGCCAAAAAUGUCGUUGAAUAUGAAAACCCUAACGCAAGCUCUAGCGAAGACCGCGGCGGUGAUCGAAAAGACUGUACAGACCACCGUGCAGGACGUGACCGGGCCGAAACCGCUCCAGGACUACGAUCUUCUCGACCCGAUCGGGUCGGCGGGUCCGGGUUUAGCUUGGAGGCUUUAUUCCGCUAAGGCGCGUGACUCCACGCGCCCACAGCAGUACCCGGUGGUGUGCGUGUGGGUGCUCGACAAGAAGGCGCUGUCGGAGGCACGCGCGCGUGCGGGGCUCUCGAAGGCGGCGGAGGACGGGUUUUUCGAUUUGGUGCGCGCGGAUGCGGCGAGGCUCGUGAGGCUGAGGCACCCUGGGGUGGUGCACGUGGUGCAGGCUUUUGAUGAGAGUAAGAAUGCCAUGGCGAUGGUGACGGAGCCGCUCUUUGCGUCGGUGGCGAAUGCGCUUGGGGAUGUGGAGAAUGUGCCUAAAGUGCCUAAGGAACUCAAGGGAAUGGAAAUGGGCUUGUUGGAGGUGAAGCAUGGUUUGCUCCAGAUGGCGGAAACCUUGGACUUUCUCCAUAACAAUGCACGUCUCAUUCAUCGGGCUAUAUCACCUGAGAAUGUCCUUAUUACCUCAAGUGGAGCUUGGAAGCUUGGUGGAUUUGGUUUUGCAAUUUCAACAGAUCAAGCCUCAGGCGAUAUGGCAAAUUUUCCGGCUUUCCAUUAUGCUGAAUAUGAUGUUGAAGAUUCUGUACUACCCCUUCAGCCAUCACUGAAUUACACUGCUCCUGAAUAUGUUCGGAGCAAAGCUUCUUCAGGUGGAUGUUCGUCUGAUAUUUUCAGUUUUGGUUGUCUUGCGUACCACUUGAUAGCUCGAAAGCCUUUGUUCAACUGCAACAACAAUGUCAAGAUGUACAUGAAUACCUUGACUUACUUAUCCAAUGAAGCUUUCUCCUCCAUUCCACCAGAGUUAGUUCCUGACCUGCAAAGAAUGCUUUCUGCAAACGAGUCUUUUAGGCCAACAGCAAUGGAUUUUACAGGUUCUCCAUUUUUCCGGAAUGACACUAGGUUGCGUGCUCUUCGCUUCCUCGACCACAUGCUUGAAAGAGACAACAUGCAAAAGUCUGAAUUCUUGAAAGCAUUAUCCGAUAUGUGGAAAGAUUUUGACUCCCGUGUAUUGCGGUAUAAGGUAUUACCUCCUCUUUGUGCAGAGCUUCGAAAUUUGGUAAUGCAACCAAUGAUUCUGCCCAUGGUUCUCACGAUAGCAGAGUCUCAGGAUAAAAAUGAUUUUGAACUAUCAACGCUACCGUCCCUUGUUCCUGUAUUAAGUACUGCUGCAGGCGAGACACUAUUGCUGCUUGUGAAGCGUGCUGACCUUAUAAUCAACAAGACUAGUCAGGAGCACUUAAUAGCACAUGUACUGCCUUUGAUCAUUCGGGCUUAUGAUGAAAAUGAUGCUCGAAUACAAGAGGAAGUUUUGAGGAAAUCUGCGUCCCUUGCAAAGCAACUUGAUCCUCAGCUAGUGAAACAAGCAAUGUUGCCUCGCAUUCAUGGCUUAGCUCUUAAAACAACAGUUGCUGCGGUUAGAGUUAAUGCAUUGUUAUGCUUAGGAGAGUUGGUUAACACGCUUGAUAAACAUGCUGUUUUGGAAAUCUUGCAAACAAUUCAACGUUGUACAGCUGUUGACCGUUCUCCUCCUACCCUUAUGUGUACCCUUGGUGUUGCAAAUUCAAUACUUAAGCAGUAUGGAGUAGAAUUUGUUGCGGAGCAUGUCCUUCCGCUACUCGCACCUCUUCUUACAGCUCAACAGCUAAAUGUUCAGCAGUUUGCUAAAUAUAUGCUCUUUGUCAAAGAUAUUCUCAGGAGGAUAGAAGAAAAACGGGGAGUUACUGUGACUGAUUCUGGAAUCCCGGAAGUAAAACCUUCCCCUUCUGUUAAUGGGCUUCUGUCCCAAGAAUCAUUAAGCAAAGUAAGUGGAACUGUCAACUCUACAAUGAAGAGCAGCCCUGUAUGGGAUGAAGAUUGGGGUCCAACCACAAAGGGACGUGCAACUUCCCUCCAAAAUUCUACAAACAACAAUCCCUCCACUAACCCUGUUCUGGGUUUUCAACCAAUUCAAGUAACUUCACUGCAGUCACAAUCGUUGAUGAUACCCACAAUAUCCAGUCAUCAAACAGCUGUGUCGUGUCCUCCAGUUGAUAUUGAGUGGCCUCCUCGGGUGUCUUCUGCAGUUACCCCCCAAUUAGAAGAUGGUGAGAAGCAAUUGAAUGCUGGAGCGUCAUCCACUUCAAGUUUUGAUGAUGUAGAUCCUUUUGCUGAUUGGCCUCCGCGACCUACUGGCUCAGUAAGUGGGGCUGGAAUGUAUAACAAUGGCACAAUGGGACAGCCCACCAACAAAUAUGGGCCUAGUUCAGUCUCAAGUACAUCAAACAGUAUGAACUUCCAAAUGAACAAUUGGGGCCUCAAUUCUCACAGUUCUUUUGAGCCAAUAAGAGAGAAUCAAGGGAACCCAACUUUGACUACUGGUAGUCUGGGAGGUGGGGGUAUUAACCCUUUAAGUUCUAUUGCAUUUUUGAAACAAAGCCAGGGUAUACCAGCUUCAGGUACUUAUACUGAUAAGAGAUCGACAGAUAUUGGAUCCAUAUUUGCUUCAAGUAAGAAUGAACAGUCUGCACCUAGACUUGCUCCACCCCCAUCAACUGCUGUGGGUAGGGGAAGAGGAAGAGGGAGGGGGGCCUCUUUAGCCUCUCGGACUAGUCAUACCAAAUCACAAUCUGAACAGCCACCACUUCUGGAUUUGCUAUAAAAGGUGGUGUUGUAACUUUAUUAUUAGUUCAAGAGUAGUGAAAGAAGAGUUUGUGGAUUGGCCCUUGUAGAUCAGCCAUCCAAUGCUGCCAGAGGAAUUUUGUAAAAUUUGUUGGGAGGUUCCAGUUCCCAUAAAUAUGCCAGUCAAGUGCAGCCGCUCUCGGGCAGGUCAGAAGGUUUGUUAUGUAAUGGUUUGUUGUGCCUUGCUUGUAUGUUUUUGUGAUCUAGCCACGAUACUUCAUCAUAAUAUAUACUUUAAAUCUUUCUCUUGUUUAAUUUUGUACCAUUUUGAUAUAUAUCUGGAUAGUGUAUUCUUCAAAACAGUCCCAGCUCCAAAUGACUGGGUUUGGCAAUAAUAAAGUUGGAAGUUUGAUAGGUUACUAUUUCAACAUCA